GGCUUGUGAACACCAGGUCAGUGUGUGAACACGCCGAGGUCCGCCAGCUUGAUCGGAGCUUUUAUUCGCAUUUCCAGCUCAUGUCAGUCCAAUGUCAAGCUUCUACUGUCCCCCCGUCGCGCGCUCUCACCACGUCACUGGUAGGGAUGGACUGGUCAUCCGCUUGCCAGUGUUCUAUACUCGAUCAACUCCCGGUUUACUGCCGAUGGUUCUUUCCAACAUCACUGCAUCACGCGCUAUUUCAUUCGGAAUUGAACACCGGUAAUAUUGACGCCUGGCUCGAUUCGAAACAAACACGAGUCACAUGCAUGUCAUUGAUGCUCUCGCUCGAGGCGGUGCGCCUUCCUGUCAGGCACGUACAUAAACUUCACCUAGGGUCAACCCUACUUAUAGUUCGAUGCAUAAAUCAUUUCCGUUUCUCGCCUCUCACUUGCUACCUGGUUGCCUCUGGUGUGUAUAGGCACUACCAUGAAGUUCCUCCCUUGGGUGUCAUUGUUCUUCAGCAUCCUUUGGGCCUCCACGGUAGCUGCCAUUCCAUCACGAACCACUGAUAAAAGGGCUUCCAGUCCUUUUGUUAGCACCAGUGGCCCUGGCUUUGUGGUGAACGGGAGUUCAUUGAAGUACAUCGGUACUAACGCUUAUUGGCUACCUACGCUAAACACGAACGAGGAUAUAUGGAACACGCUUGGGAACAUAUCAGCUCUCGGCAUCAAGGUCAUCAGAUUAUGGGCAUUCAAUGAUGUGGACACCAUUCCCGUGAAUGGCACUUGGUUCCAGCUUAUCAAGGAUGGCACCGUUUCCGUCAACGACGGACCGAAUGGCCUCCAAAAGCUUGACACAGUCAUUCAAAUGGCUGAGCAACGAGGACUAUAUGUCAUUCUAUCUCUUACGAACAACUGGUACCCUUUCGUGAACUCGACCAACAGCACCACAUCGGGCACGAACAACAGCUCUAUUCGCAAUUAUCUAUCUAACAAUUACGGUGGCAUGGAUCUAUAUGUUCGUCAAUUCGGACUCCAAAAUCAUGACCAGUUCUAUACCAAUUCGUCAAUAUUAACGUCCUUCAUGAAUUACACGACGCAAGUGGUCUCCCGCUACGUGAAUAGUCCAUCGGUCUUCAGUUACGAAUUGGCGAAUGACCCCAGAUGCAACUCUACCUUGCCAGCAUCUCCUACCUGCACGACAGAAACGAUCACGACCUGGCAUGCGACGGUAGCUGCGCACAUCCGCAGCAUUGAUCCAAAUCAUCUCAUCUCUUCGGGUGUCGGAGGAUAUUUGUGUACAGAUUGUCCGAAGUUGUACCCUCUGACCCCAGCGCCAGCACCUCCUGCCACAUCACCAGCUCCCGGUAAAAAGAAGCGCAGCCAAGCAAAGCCCGUAACCAGGGAGCAAAUCCUUCGAGAGCAAUCUGAGAGGAGACGCCGCAACAGGGAAGCUGCGAAACGUGCGGGGACUCUGGUGGAAGACGGUGUGCGAAUCCGAGGGCGGUGGGUUUCGACAGCUACCAAGAGGCAACAGACUUCGACUACGGGGACUUUGUAUGAUGGUUCAUACGGCGUCGACAGUCAAGACAUCUCGAACAUUCCAGAUAUCGGGUUCUCUUCCUUCCAGUUAUUCCCCGACCAGCAAUCAUAUGGUCCUGAUGACCCGAACGUUGCGCCUUGGCAAAGUGUAGAGCAAAACGGUGCCCAGUGGAUCACCACUCAGGCCCAAAGUGCUUCUGCCGUCGGAAAACCUUCGGUACUCACUGGCUUUGGUCUCGUUACGCAAACCAAUGCUCCUAGCUUCGUGCCAUUUAACUCUACGGUUGCUCCAUUUGCUGAUGCCGAUCCGAAUCCCACAAGCUAUGGUGUAACCAGCCAAGAGCAAGCAGAUACUUACACGUCAUGGCUUGAUACUGGUAUUGCUGCGGGACUCAACGGCAUAGUCCAGUACCAGUGGGGUCAGUCCGACCUUACAGCCGAACCGGGUACUACCGUUACCCCCUCUACUACCACUAGCGAAUCGCCUACGCCGAGUAGCCCAGGAGAGGCACCCACUCCCCAAGAAACCACUGGCGAAUCCCCCAAUGAUGGUUACUCCAUUACUGGCUCCACUACUGUCCAACAAAUCCUUGGGAGCGCGUCCCAGUCUAUUGCCGCGGACUGAAAGAGUCUUGACCUCAUUUGAAUGAAUGCUAUAUUGACUUGCUCCCGGAGUCAAUGGACAUAUGUCACAUUGUUGUACAAUCUAGUGGUGAAAUCACAUCACCCUUCUUGGACUCUAUCUGUGCGGACUCCCAGUACAAUUGUUUUUACAAACGUGGAACUUCAUACAAGUAUAUACUUAGGUAUCGCGUGUAGAAGUUGUUCUUGCAAUCCUUGUGACGUAGUAAUUUAAUAUAUUGUUGCGACUCGAUGAUAUCAGUACUUAAUUAUAGUAGAACCGGUUUGCAGCUUCAAUUGAGUCAGUU